ACAGGUUCUUCUGGUAGUGGGGGUAAUUUUCCCCAAUGCCCUCGGCCCGUGGAAUAACAUCUCCCCAUCUUAGCGCUGCGUGGACUUGCUGUUGAUUUUAUACAUGCCGAGGAAGAGCCCGAGAACUGAACCAUCACUGCAGAAAUAGGAAGCGACAAUGGGAACUCCUUCCACUGACCGGAAGGCGCAGUUGGAUUACGGCGUUCAGAUCCGCUUCAUCAAAGACCUCCAUGACACAGGCGGGGUCCCACUCGAAAAAUCCAGAGCAAACAGCAACGCCACGCCUCCUUCCAACAAAUACGGAGUGGCUGUGAGGGUCCAGGGGAUCUCUGGACAGCCGUAUGUCGUUCUGAAAGAUGGGGAGAAAGGUGACUCUUAUGGAGUCCAGCUGUCUAAUCCCAAUCCCACUUCCGGGCCAACAUCUCCGUACAACAGCAUCCCAAACCAUAGCAAAGAACCGGCAGAUUUCCCCAACUCCUCCAGUCCUGUUGUAAACUCUUCCCGCUCCCCGGUGUCUCCGGCAGAGGAUGAGGAUGGGGAGAUAUUUGGGAGUCCCCUGAGGAGACCUCCAGGGGACGGCCAGGCUGGGACUCAGGGGGAGGAGGAGGGAAGAGCUGGCAGGGAGCGUCGGAUGGAGAGGCCAAAAUCUGAACCCCAACUCAAAGCUACACCCAGCGAAACGGAGAAGAAAAUUAACGGGACUGAUAACGAGGAGUAUAACGAAGCAGGACUGAAGCCUGUUAAGCUAAAAUCUGCGGGACCCAAAGGGUUCAACCGAACUGCUUCUGGAUUUACCGGUUCUGUGGGGAGAAAACCCGGCUCAGAUUCACCCCCAAAGUCAACCCCAGAGCCUCCACCGCCGACUGAGAGCGAGCCCGCCGCAGCCAUCGACACCAACUCCCUGGCGCCCAUCAACAAACUCAUCAACAAGUUCAACAGCAGCACGCCGGGCGGCACCCUGCAGGCGAGGGGCCGCACCGGAGCCAGGCAGCGGCUCCAGUUCGACGAGCGCAAGAGGUCCAGAAGUCUCGACGCCCGGAAAGAUGCACAGCCAGAGGCCAUCCCUGCCUCUCCUUCAUCUCCGGCUCUGAACCCUCAUGCUGCGCCAAUAUCUGCCGUUUCUAGUCCAGUGAUGUCAUCUGCUCCAGCAACCGCUGUCAAGGCGACGGCGCCCAACGCCCCCAAGGCGAGCUUCAAGCCACCAGAGAAGUUUGCUGCUAAAGAUAGUCCUCCAACUAUUGCAAAAAAACCUGAGACGCUUUCAAGAAGUCUGAGUCAAAACACAGAGGUUGCUAGAAGAGAAGAGGCUCAAGUCAAACAGUCUAUUUACAACAUCUUCAAAGACGGCAGCUCCAGUGAGACCGAAGCUUCGUUUAAAAGGAAAUCCAGCCUCGUCUUCGAGACUCCAGACAGAUUGCAGAAGGAAGGAGCCGACGGAAGCAUCAGAAAGGAGAAACUCGAGGAUCUUCACAAGCAACUCGAACGUUACAAGAAGGAACUGGAGCAGGCGCAAGAUGAACUUGCUGCAGAGCGAAUGGCCAGAGAGGUGGCAGAGUCUCGUCUGCGCCUUCAGGAAGAUCAGCUGGCUCAUCUUCAGGAAGAGCUGAGGCGGGUUUCGGAGAAUCUGCCCCAGUCGGACUCAUUCCAGUCGGAUGUGACGGACCUGCAGGCCCAGUUGGCCGAAGCCACCAUGUUGUACCAGCGGCAGGAGGAGGUGCUCCACCAGCGAGAGCGAGAACUGACGGCGCUGAAGGGGGCGCUGAAGGAGGAGGUGGAGUGCCAUGACAAAGAGAUGGAGGCUCUGAGGGAGCAGUUCAGCCAGGACGUGAAGAACCUCCGAAAAAACAUGGAGGACUUCACACAGUCGCAGGAGCAGAUCGAGGAGGAGCGGGAGAAGGUGAAUGCCUCCCUGUUGACACUGGAGGAGGAGCUGGAGAGCAGCAGGGAGCAGGGGGAGCAGUGGAGGACGGAGCUGGAGGCCGCCACGCAGAAACUGCAAAGCACCAGAGAGGAACUAAAAAAGUCUCGUUUGGAAAAGGAAAAGGUUGAGGGCUCCCUGAAGGAUCUUCAGAACAAAAAGCCUGCGUCUGACGAUGCAAACGCUUUAAAAGAGGAGCUCCGGCGUUGCCAUGACGACCUGAAGCGUACCCGCGCCGAUCUGGAGAGACAAAAGGGCGAGACGGAGGAGAAAGCCGGGGCACUCGAAGCCCUGAAGAAGGCGAGCGGAGAGACGGAGGCCGAGCUUCUGUCGGAGAUUCGCAAGCUGAAGGAGCAAUUUCUGGAAGACAAGGCCGAGCUGGGAAAGGCCCUCGAGACGGGGAAGGAGUCAUCUAUUGCAUCAGCAGGGAAGUCUGUGGUGGACGGCGGCACCAGUCAGGAGCUGCAGCAGGAAAACACUCGCCUCAAAGACAGGCUGGCCCGCAUGCAAUCAAGGCUUCAGUCCAGUGUGCCGCGCAGCUCGGAUGCUGAGGAGGAGCUGGAAGCCCUGGAAGACGAGAACCGCUCCCUGAAGUCUCAGCUGGAGGAGGCCAAGAGAGGCGCCAGCCGGCUGAGCAAAGAGCGGGACGACCUCACCCGGCGGCUGGAGGAACGAGACCUGGAGAGGGAGGCGCUACGACGGGGCAAAAGCGACCUGGAGGAGCAGAAACGGCUGCUGGACCGAUCUCUUGAGAAGAUUAACAAGGAGAUGGAGUUGAUGAUGGGAGAUUCUCGUCAGUCGGUGGCCACUCUGCAGACGCAGCUGGAUGAAUUCAGGGAGCGAUCGAGGAAAGACCUGCUGGAGGCGCAGCGAAACAGCAAAGACCGGCUGGCUGAGCUUCAAAGGGCUCAGAAUAACCUGAAGGCCCAGCAGGAAGAGGUUUCUCGUCUUAAGAAGGAGCUGCUGACCUGCAGCGAGGAGAGAGACGGUGCUCAGCUGGAGCGGGAUCUCCUGAACAACCGGCUGAAACACUUGGAGAAUGAGCUGGAAUCCGAGAGGAGCUCCCACUCGGACCGAGGCCGGGAGAUCCGGGGCCUGGAGGAUAAAAUCAAGACGCUGGAGAUCGAGCUGGAUGAGGAGAAGAGUGGUGUGGAGCUGCUGAACGAUCGCAUAACCAGGAGCAGAGAUCAGGUGGACCAGCUUCGCUCGGAGCUGAUGCAGGAGCGCUCAGAGAGACAUGACCUGGAGAUGGACAAGAGCGCCCUGGAAAGACAGGUAAAGGAGCUCAAGUCCCGCCUGGCUGACAUGGAGGGACAGAGCCGACCCACAGCUGGAAUCACGCUGCUGGAGAACAAGAUCCAGGAGCUGGAGGAGAGACUCCGCAGUGAAGAACGGGAGAAGACGAGCAUCCAGGCAUCCCAGAGACGAGCAGAGAGAAAACUGAAGGAGCUGAACGCCACAUUGGACCAGGAGAGAAGCCAGCAUAUUGAGCAGAGGGAUCAGCUGACCCUCCGUGUUAAGGCCCUGAAGCGUCAGCUGGAUGAGAGCGAGGGAGAGGUGGAGCGCUUGGAGGGAGUCCGCCGUAAAGUCCUCAGAGACCUGGAGGAGCAGCAGGAGCUCCAGGAGGCUCUCCAGGCCAAAGUCGCAGCGCUGGACAACGAUCUGAAGCGAAAGUCGCAGCAGACUCAUCGCACGGCUCUGACAUCAUCCGCGUUGAGCUCUGACGAGGAGGACGGCCCUCCAUCUUGAGACGACCACAAAUAAAAAAAUUUAAGAAAAGGACGAGAGAUUAAAGAAAUCUCACCUGUGAAAAACUCUCAUUUAUCUGAUUUUCAUUAUUUUAACACUCUGCUGUGAUCAUGAUUCCUUCAGAAAUGUCGUCUUUUAUCUGUCUUGGUUUUAAAAGAGUAACACCAUGUUUUAAAAAAGUUUGACUGUCCUGUGUGUUUGUUAUAAUUACAGCGGCAGCACAUUACUGCAACAUCUACAAUCUAUUCGGGUCAGUUUUACUUCUCAACCAAAAAAUACCCGUAUGUUUUAUGUAUGAAUGUUUCCUUGCAUGAUAACAUGCUUCCUGCAUGUCUUUGUGUUUAAAAUGAACUUCUUUUUUAUUUUAUUUUAUUUUUUACGGUUUUGACUGUGACAGCUUGGGGCCAAUAUUCUGAGCCUGUAUUUUUACAUUGUGUUACCUGUUCCUAAAGACAAUCAGUAGCAAAUAAAUGUCUGCAUGUAUCAGUUUUUAUAACUUUCAACCACAAAAUUAAAUAUUUAAAAGCUUAACACACACUCAUCUUUGCCAUGAAUGUUGUCAUUUUUUAAAAUUUAAAAACAAAAAUAGGAUAAAUAACUUUGACUGUGAAUACACAGCGUCAAAAUUAUCCACAUAUACAAACAUUUUUCCUUUUGUAGCUGUUAGAAAAAGUUGCUGGUAUUAUUCUGGCUGGAUUUAUGAUCACUCUAACUGGUUAACAGUUAACUUAACAGAACUGUGAGCAGCCAUUUUGUUCUUGAAAAAAUGUGAUUUAGAUUUUUCUUUUUUGUGGAAAUUCUGCGAGUUAAAAUUGUGAAUAAUCGACUCCAUCAUUGAUAAAGCUGCAUGGUGUUUAUGAAAUUAUAAACUCUCAGGAUCUUUUAGAAGAAAAUCCCAGCUGCAGUAACUUUUUCAUUUCUUAAAAAAAUAGUUUGAGGAGUGCAAACUUAAAAAAAUGAAUCUCCAUCUGUUAGACAUGACUGUAAAGUUUGAAAACCACAUUUUAAUAACUCAUAAUUCUGGACACAUUUUCUUUCAUCUGAGGCAGAGAGUUUUAGUCAAAUGAUUUGAAGUUGGAAAUAAUGGGGUGUUGAUCCAAAACACACAUCAGAAGUGGUUUUUAAUGGAUAAACAUGCUAACAGCUUCUAGAAAGACCUUCCUAACACCCAAACCUCAAUCUAAUUAAGAGUGGUCAAUAAAAACAGAGUCUGUAUCAGGAAACCAAUUAAUUAAAAUUUAAAUUUACUCUAGUGUAUAUUACGUAGUAUACUGGUGCUGUGUGUGUAUAUAUUUGAGCAUGUAUGAUGUGUUGGCUUGUGAAAAAUCCACAAUAAAUUAAAAAAAUCCUGCACCUAAUUCUUAUUUUAUAACUAACUGGAAAACAAAAUGUUUCAAAUGCAUCAGUCAAAAGCCACAAAUUAAUGACGACAUUAAUAUUUAUGGUAACUGUGUGUAAUGUUCUGUUCAGAACUGUAGAAACUUGAUUUAUCUACAUAUGUCCACUAAGACGCCUUACAUUAAGCUUCAUGGUUUAACUUCCUGUGUCGUCGCUGCAGCAUUGUGUUUCACAUGCUUGCCUUUCCUGCAUCUUCUUCUGUGCAUUUCUGUGGCAGGACCCAUUACGUUUCUUUUGUGAGAACAUUGUUUCAGUAGUUAUGGAUGUUUAUAAUUUUCUAAUGACGGUAUUAUUGUAUGUUAGGAUUACAUGUAAGGAUACUGUUAAAUUAAAAAUGUGUUUAUCAUGAGUUGGUAAGCUUUUGAUUUUUCUUAAAGGAACUUUAACCAAAGUUUGGACCUUGUGUAAAAUAAAGAAAAUGUUUUCAG